AUGGACGAAGGCCACCGGAAGACAUCCUCGGUUGCCGUGGACGACAGCCACGGAGGUGCCAGCGAUAACGAGACGCAAAACCAGCUAGAGGUCGUGUUCUAUCCGGACGCGAACCAUCGCCGCAAGUCCUCGCUCGUUACAAUGGAGAAACCCCGAGUCCGACCUCAUUUGGAACCUCAUGACAAGACCACGGCCUGUUACGUCCAUUCUCUGAUUGCUGGUGAAUGGGUAACACCCUUGACCAAGCUUAACGACCCGAAUGACGUGAUCCGCCCCCUCAGCGAGGAAGAUGUACCUACCGUCGACGCAAAGACCCUGGACGAGGACAAUGUGGUGUCGGUGGUCGACGGCGACAACAAGAUCUUGAAACCCGUGCCAUCAAUCAUCCAGUCGCGACACUUGACCAAGCGGCAGCUGUCGGACAUGGCUUGGAACGUGCGCAAGUUGUCCAAGAAACUGGGCAGUGUCAAGCUCAAGCUCACUGUUAAGAAUGUCUUUGUCGUGAGCAAGGCAUACGACGAAUCUCUCGUGAGCUUGACACGCAAGGUCACGAGAUGGCUGAUUUCUAAGGAUCGUGAUACGCCAUACGUUGUCUACGUGGAGCGGCGCAUGGAAACACAUCCGGACUUUGGAGCAUUGCAGCUGCUGCAGGAGGAGCCAUCUGCCCAGGGCCGACUGAAGUUCUGGGAUGCGAAACUUGCGCAAGAGCAGCCGCACCUGUUCGAUUUUGUCGUCACUCUCGGCGGCGACGGAACAGUUCUCUACACCAGCUGGCUAUUCCAGCGUAUCGUGCCGCCCGUCCUUUCCUUUGCUCUAGGCUCCUUAGGAUUCCUGACAAACUUCGAUUUCUCAGACCAUCAAAAGAUCCUGGAAAAUGCAUUCCGAGAGGGCGUUACCGUCAGCUUACGAUUACGAUUUGAAUGCACCAUCAUGAGAAGCAAAGCGCGGUUGAAAGACCCGCAUGCACGGUCACUUACCAGACGGGACCUGGUGGAAGAACUGAUUGGAGAAGAAGGGGAAGACACAUUGACGCAUACCCCGGAUCGAGUGUACGAGAUCCUGAAUGAUGUAGUUCUCGACCGUGGACCAAACCCCACCAUGUCUCAAAUCGAGCUGUUUGGCGACGAUGAGCAUUUCACCACCCUGCUUGCCGACGGCAUCUGCAUUGCGACCCCGACGGGCUCGACGGCGUACAACCUCGCCGCUGGCGGAUCCCUGUCGCACCCCGAGAACCCUGUUAUCCUUGUAACCGCUAUUUGCGCGCACACUCUGUCAUUCCGCCCGAUUAUUCUUCCCGACACCAUCGUGCUACGUAUGGGAGUACCCUACGAUGCGCGAACGAGUUCAUGGGCUAGUUUUGAUGGCCGCGAGAGAGUUGAACUGCACCCCGGUGAUUACGUGACCGUGUCGGCGUCGCGAUACCCCUUCGCCAAUGUUCUGCCUCAGGGGCGACGCAGCGAGGACUGGGUGCACAGCAUCUCCAAGACCUUGAACUGGAAUUCGCGCACAAAGCAAAAAGCGUUCAAGUAG